CCGGAGGGUGGGAGGCAACGGUGGCUCCAUGGCCCGGGCACGCUGAGGGACGCGGCUCUCGUCUCAGCCCGGCUGCGGCCGAACAAUGAAGCUCCUGAAGCCAACCUGGGUCAACCACAAUGGCAAACCAAUUUUUUCAGUUGAUAUUCACCCUGAUGGGACCAAGUUUGCAACUGGAGGACAAGGGCAGGAUUCUGGGAAGGUUGUGAUCUGGAAUAUGUCUCCAGUCCUCCAGGAGGAUGACGAGAAGGAUGAAAAUAUUCCCAAGAUGCUUUGCCAGAUGGACAAUCACUUAGCAUGUGUGAACUGUGUGCGGUGGUCAAACAGUGGGAUGUAUUUAGCUUCUGGGGGAGAUGACAAACUAAUUAUGGUGUGGAAGCGGGCUACGUACAUCGGGCCUAGCACUGUGUUUGGCUCCAGUGGUAAGCUUGCUAAUGUGGAACAGUGGCGAUGUGUCUCUAUCCUCCGUAGUCACUCGGGCGAUGUGAUGGAUGUAGCAUGGUCUCCUCAUGACGCCUGGCUAGCCUCAUGUAGUGUGGAUAACACUGUCGUCAUUUGGAAUGCUGUGAAAUUCCCAGAAAUUCUUGCUACUCUAAGAGGUCAUUCUGGCUUGGUGAAAGGGUUGACUUGGGACCCUGUUGGUAAAUACAUUGCCUCUCAAGCGGAUGAUCGCAGCCUGAAAGUAUGGAGGACACUGGACUGGCAGUUAGAGACCAGCAUCACUAAGCCUUUUGAUGAGUGUGGAGGGACAACCCAUGUGCUCCGGCUUAGCUGGUCACCUGAUGGCCAUUACCUGGUAUCUGCCCAUGCCAUGAACAACUCUGGCCCUACUGCCCAGAUCAUCGAACGAGAGGGCUGGAAAACGAACAUGGACUUUGUGGGGCACCGGAAAGCUGUGACAGUCGUGAAAUUCAAUCCAAAAAUCUUCAAAAAGAAGCAGAAGAAUGGGAGCUCUGCAAAACCAAGCUGCCCAUACUGCUGCUGUGCGGUUGGCAGUAAGGACCGCUCGCUCUCUGUCUGGCUCACGUGUUUGAAACGGCCACUAGUUGUCAUCCAUGAGCUGUUCGACAAAUCUAUCAUGGAUAUUUCCUGGACUCUGAAUGGGCUGGGAAUCCUGGUGUGCUCCAUGGACGGUUCUGUGGCAUUCCUCGACUUCUCCCAGGAUGAGCUUGGAGAUCCUCUGAGUGAGGAGGAGAAGAGCCGCAUUCACCAGUCCACAUAUGGCAAGAGCCUGGCCAUCAUGACCGAGGCCCAGCUCUCCACAGCUGUCAUCGAGAACCCCGAGAUGCUCAAGUACCAACGAAGGCAGCAGCAGCAGCUGGACCAGAAGAGUGCCACAGCCAGGGAGACGAGCUCAACCUCCUCAGUCACAGGUGUCGUCAACGGGGAGAGUCUGGAAGACAUCCGAAAGAAUCUUUUGAAGAAACAAGUGGAAACUCGGACAGCAGAUGGUCGGAGAAGAAUCACACCGCUCUGCAUAGCACAGCUGGACACUGGAGACUUCUCCACGGCAUUCUUUAACAGCAUCCCACUCUCGGGCUCCCUGGCAAGCACCAUGCUCUCCUCUCAUAGUGGUCAGCAACUGCUGCCACUGGACUCUACUACCCCCUCCUUCGGCGCCGCGAAGCCUUGCACAGAGCCAGUGGCAGCCACCGGUGCCAGGCCUACAGGCGAGUCUGUCAGUAAGGACAGUAUGAAUGCUACCUCUACUCCUGCUGCAUUGUCACCCUCUGUAUUAACAACCCCGUCCAAGAUUGAACCCAUGAAAGCAUUUGAUUCCCGAUUCACAGAGCGGUCCAAAGCCACACCAGGUGCUCCUUCCUUGACCAGUGUGACUCCAACAGCUGUUGAAAGGUUAAAAGAACAGAAUCUUGUGAAAGAGCUGAGGCCCCGCGACCUCCUGGAGAGUAGCAGUGACAGUGAUGAGAAAGUCCCCUUGGCCAAGCCGUCCUCCCUAUCUAAGCGAAAACUUGAGCUUGAAGUAGAAACAGUAGAAAAGAAGAAGAAAGGGCGCCCUCGGAAGGACUCUCGUCUCUUGCCUAUGUCUCUGUCUGUCCAGUCUCCAGCUGCCCUGACUGCAGAGAAGGAGGCCAUGUGUCUGUCUGCACCUGUACUUGCGCUGAAGCUGCCGAUCCCAGGCCCCCAGAGAGCAUUCACCCUCCAGGUGAGCUCCGACCCCUCCAUGUACAUUGAGGUGGAGAAUGAAGUGACAGCCGUAGGGGGGGUGAGGCUGAGCCGCCUGAAGUGCAACCGGGAAGGGAAAGAAUGGGAGACGGUACUCACCAGUCGCAUCCUCACUGCCGCUGGCAGCUGUGAUGUGGUGUGUGUCGCCUGUGAAAAGAGGACACUGUCAGUAUUCUCCACCUGUGGUCGCCGCCUUCUCCCUCCUAUCCUCCUUCCAUCCCCAAUAUCUACUUUGCACUGCACGGGCUCCUACGUUAUGGCACUCACUGCUGCAGCGACACUGUCUGUCUGGGAUGUUCACAAACAAGUGGUUGUGGUGAAAGAAGAGUCUCUACACUCCAUCUUGGCAGGAAGUGAUAUGACGGUGUCACAGAUCUUGCUGACGCAGCAUGGAAUCCCAGUGAUGAACUUGUCUGAUGGGAAAGCGUACUGCUUUAAUCCCUCACUCUCCACAUGGAACCUGGUUUCUGACAAGCAGGACUCAUUGGCCCAGUGUGCGGACUUUAGGAAUAGCCUGCCAUCCCAGGACGCCAUGCUGUGUUCAGGACCAUUAGCCAUAAUCCAGGGCCGCACCUCCAACUCUGGAAGGCAAGCUGCCCGGCUCUUCUCCGUGCCUCACAUGGUGCAGCAGGAGACCACACUGGCCUACCUAGAGAACCAGGUUGCAGCAGCACUUACCCUGCAGUCAAGCCACGAAUACCGCCACUGGCUUCUCCUCUAUGCUCGGUACCUUGUGAAUGAAGGGUUUGAAUACCGACUCCGAGAAAUAUGCAAGGACUUACUGGGUCCUGUACACUGCUCCACUGGAAGCCAGUGGGAGUCAACAGUAGUGGGUCUACGAAAGAGGGAGCUACUCAAGGAGCUGCUCCCAGUCAUCGGGCAGAACCUCCGCUUUCAGCGUCUAUUUACAGAAUGUCAGGAACAGCUCGACAUCCUGAGGGACAAGUAGCCUGGCCUGCCCAUCUGCAGCAAGGGCAGACCUACCAUUGCCACUGGCCGGUGCCCAGGACUACUGGGCUACAGUGGGAGAUUCUGGAAGAUGUGUUGUCUUGCACCAGCACAAGCCCAGCUCCCUGGGCAAACAUGCCCUAUGUCCUGGGCCAGAGAAUGCCUCAAAAGGGGACAGCUUGUCCCUGCCUCCAGGUCCUCAUGUGGGGCUGGCGCUCUGCCUCGCAGCCCUGGGGCCAGCAAGGCACUCCAGGUGUAUCAACUCCUGCUCGGCCCCAAAGUGGACACUAGCCCCUCCCACGGCCGGGGCUGUGCUGCUUCAGCUAUGACGAACGAGCCAUCUGUGAGAGCGAGAAUCGGGAACAUUAGGUAUUAUGCAGUCAGCAGACUGACCCGGAGCCUGUGUAAAAGGAAAACUGUUCCAACACGGACUAUUUUUGUACUAGAAUUUGCUAACUUGUAAUAUGGAAUAUUCUUUUGGCCAAUAAUCAGGAUAUCCCUAUAAGUUACAUUGGUCACUUAUAGGAAAUUUAAACUCUAAUUAUGACAGCUACACUGAAAAUAAUUGUACUGAAAUCAAUUUGUCUAUCUUCAUUUGGCUUAAUUUUUAAAUGUUUGUAAAAAGAGACAUGGGGGGUGCGGUAAAGGGAGGGCAAUUUCUUUUCUAAGUGUAAAAUAAAUGAACAUGCAUUGGAUACCAAA